AUGUCAGCGGCCAGGGUCGCCCUCCUGGUGCUGGCUUUGCCGAGCAUCUACAGCCAAGACGAGUCCUUCGCCAGUUCCUUUCUCUCAGGUCUGCUGGACACGCUGGACACGCAGGUGGACGCGAAGAACUGUCCGGGCGUAUGCAUGCACGCGCUCGCUUCGCUCAUCUGCUCCAACGUGCUGGACGAGGUCGAGUGCCCCAACCCCUCCAUGAAGUGCUGCGUCGACGAGCCACUGGGGAACGACACGCUGACGACGACCCGCAAGCCGUUCACGACGCGCUACACCACCAGCGAGCCCUACUCCGAUGAGGACGAGACCACCACGCGCGCCAACGACCGAUACAAAGACAGUGGUAAUAUAGCCUGCCCGGGAGUGUGCGUGGAGUCCCGGUUGACGCAGUACUGCGAGGCCUACCUCACGUCCGGGGACCUGUGCGUGUCGGGGAGGCUCUGCUGCGUGUCCAAGGACGGGUAUGGGGACAAGAGGCCGCCGGACCUAGUUGUUCCUAAUGAGAAGAAACAUGUCACUAAAAGACCGCCUUCUACUGCGCUAACAACAACGCCACCUCCAAAACCGAGGCCAGGCAGGAAGUGCAGAGGCGACUGCAUCAGUGGUCUGUUCGCACUGCUGUGUGACCACGUGGACGAAGACGCCACCUGUCCCUCCGAGGGCACGUGCUGCCUCACCGAGCCGCACACUACGGAGCCCGCUACCAGGCGACCUCCCACCACGCCGCGCCCUACUACACCGCCUCCACUGCCGCGCUGCCCGGGCUACUGCCUGCUCAACAUAAUGGCAGCCUUCUGCGAGCGGCCUGCCGUGCUCCUCUCACACACCACUUGCAAGCACAGUGGAUCUAUCUGCUGUGAUAAUACCAGAGUUCCGCCGCGCACCACCACGAGGGCUACGACCACGACGACGACGACCACCACGACGCCGGCGCCCGUCGACCCGCGCCCCGACUGCCCCGGCUCCUGCAUUGUGUCGCUACUGUCCUUCACGUGCUUCCGUAACGCAGAAAUGACGGACGUGUUCAAAUGCAGGAAGGCGGGCACGCAAUGCUGCGCGCCCAAGUCGAAGGUUCUGGAGGCGAUCGGCGUGAACAGGAACGACACGUACCCCCUCGCCACCACACACCCCUACACGCACCCGCUCACCAUUGCGCACACGCACACCAUGCCUCACACCACUCCCAUGCCGCAAUAUGAACCAAACUACGUAACCACGCUGAGAACUCCAGAAAAGUACAACAAAUACGUCUGCGGUGUGAAAGGUACGACGUCCCGCGCCGGUCGAGUGAUGGGCGGCGAGGACGGCGAGCGAGGCGAGUGGUGCUGGCAAGUGGCGCUCAUCAACUCGCUCAACCAGUACCUGUGCGGCGCCGCGCUGGUCGGCACGCAGUGGGUGUUGACUGCCGCGCAUUGCGUUACCAACAUCGUCCGCUCUGGUGACGCGAUUUACGUGCGCGUCGGGGACCACGACCUGACGCGGAAGUACGGCUCUCCUGGCGCGCAGACGCUACGCGUAGCCACCACUUACAUACACCACAACCACAACAGCCAGACCCUGGACAAUGACAUAGCGUUGCUCAAGCUGCAUGGGAAAGCUGAGCUUAAAGAAGGUGUGUGCCUGGUGUGCCUGCCCGCGCGAGGGGUGAGCCACGCGGCCGGCAAACGCUGCACUGUCACCGGAUAUGGUUACAUGGGCGAAACGGGUCCUAUUCCACUGCGGGUGCGUGAAGCGGAACUGCCGAUAGUGAGCGACGCGGAGUGUAUCAGGAAAGUGAAUGCAGUGACAGAGAAGAUCUUCAUAUUGCCUGCUAGCUCCUUCUGCGCGGGCGGCGAAGAAGGGAACGAUGCUUGCCAGGGUGAUGGAGGAGGUCCUCUAGUAUGCCAGGAUGACGGUUUCUACGAGCUGGUGGGGCUGGUGUCGUGGGGCUUCGGCUGCGGGCGGCGCGACGUGCCCGGCGUCUACGUCAAAGUGUCCUCCUUCAUCGGCUGGAUCAACCAGAUCAUAUCCGUCAACAACCUAUAACACAGCCUAAACGCCUAACGCCUGAUUUACACUUUGUGAAGUGCAGGUGACAAGUAAUUAGUUAAUAGUUAUUGCAAUAGAGAUGUGACUACUAGUCAAAUCAGAAACUUUUUAUCAAACGUCAAAACCCCUCGCGUAGUCGGUAUGGGAGCUUGGGACGUGGACUUCUCACUUGCACUUGCUAUAAAACAAAGUGUAUAGGUACUGCAUACAUUUUGAGAUCUCAAAAUGUGUGCAUUAUAAAUCAGACGUAAGGCUAAUUUACACUUUGAUGACUGUUGGUGCUGUUCCUCCAGAAUCUAGCAUGGGCGUGGCCAAAUAAAACAGUUUAGAAAUUAACAAAAGACGAAUGAUACAUUAAUUCACUUAUAGGAUUUUUUUUAUUCAACAGUCACAAUAAAACAUUGAGGCUAUUUAAUACAUCAAUAAAUGAUGCUUCAGCUGUUAUGGUGCAUAUUGAUGCAGAUUCAAAGAUUCAAUUCAAGAAGAAAUCAAUAAAAUUAACCGACUUGUAAAACCAAUCAUAGUAGCUGUA